GACCAUGCGAGUGCUUACAUUGUAGUCCAAUAACGGAAUGGUGAUAAAUUUGGUCUAUAAGCCCAUAUUCUUUAUCGAUGAACGCGAGUUCUACCGUAUCGACCUUGCUUCGAUUCACAUCCCAUAUCCGCCAUAGUUGAGCUGCUGAAUUCCUCAAAUCUCUUGCACCGUGCGCCAUCCGCCGUUGACUGAAUCGAUGGCCGCCGUCGGUACCGAAAGCUACCCUUCGUUGUCUGAGCAAUAUUUGCUGAGGGAGCAAGAAGAGAAAUUGAAUGUGGGAACCGAGCCAGUAGCUGAUGUGGUUAAGACUCUGCCUGAGGAAGCUGCACCAAAAGAAGAUGUAGCCUCUGUUGUUGAGAGCAGCCCAGUCAUCCCAUCUGCUACUGAUGAUGAAAGUAGUGUGAUCUCUGGUGAUGCUGUAAGCAGUGAAGAAGUUGAAAGUGGGGACAACAACCCAGCUGCAAGUGAAGAAAGCAAUCAAGAUGCAGCAGAUGAUAGUGCAGAUGUUGGUCAAGAUGCUAGUGAGGACGAGCCCCCAGAAAUUAAGCUUGAGACGGCUCCUGCAGAUUUCCGGUUUCCAACUACAAACCAGAGCAGACACUGCUUUACCAGAUAUGUUGAAUUUCACAGGUGCGUUGCUUCCAAGGGUGACAGUGCACCUGAGUGUGACAAGUUCGCAAAGUAUUAUCGCUCCCUUUGCCCAGGAGAAUGGGUGGAUAGAUGGAAUGAGCAAAGAGAGAACGGCACAUUUCCUGGUCCGCUGUGAGUGUCGCUCAGUCACUAUCAUCCUGUUGAUUCCAUUAUAUUCAUAGGGAAUCACCACUCAAAUCUGUCAGUGACAAUAAAUUUGACUUGUUUGCCUUACUAGCUCAAGUCAGAAUGAGUGUCUUCACCAAUGCCUCAAAAUUAAACCCAAUCUUUUUCCUGAAAAGUUGAAUGAUUUGUAGUUUUUUUUUUGUAACUCAUAAAGUAGUAGCCUGUUGGCUGUAGUGCUACUAUGUUUAUUUCUUUAUUUCAGUCUUGAGGCUCAUAUCAAGGCUCUGAUGAUCUUACUAUUUUUACAUAUACUCCUCAAAUGCACUAAAAACCCCGUACGUAUAAUGGCAUUGGCAUUUUUGGGGAUGCUGUGUUGUGUUGUGUUCGUAUACGGGCAUUUACUUCUUUU